AUGCCGGGUCACAUCUCAGUGUGUGAGUUCCUGUCGGAGACGACCGAGGACUACAACUCCCCCACCACGUCCAGCUUCACCACCCGGCUGCAGAGCUGCAGGAACACCGUCAGCAUCCUGGAGGAGAAGGUGAAAAAGUCGGUGAAUUCCAUCUACAGCUCAGGACAAGAGCAUGCUGGGAACCAGGAGAGCUUCAGUCAGGCUCUGGACAGACUGGGAGGAAACCAGUCUGAACUGGGAUCAGCCUUCGUUAAGUUCUCCUGCCUCGUUAAAGAACUCGCUGCUCUGCUCAAGAACCUGCUGCAGAGUUUGAGUCAUAACGUCGUUUUCACUCUGGACUCGCUGUUAAAAGGCGACCUGAGAGGAGUCAAAGGGGAUCUGAAGAAACCGUUUGAUAAAGCCUGGAGGGACUACGAGACAAAGUUCACGAAGAUCGAGAAGGAGAAGAGAGAGCACGCCAAACAACACGGGAUGAUCCGGACAGAAAUCACCGGAGCUGAGAUUGCUGAGGAGAUGGAGAAAGAGAGGAGACUGUUCCAGCUGCAGAUGUGUGAGUAUCUGAUCAAAGUCAACGAGAUUAAAACCAAGAAGGGGGUGGACCUGCUGCAGAACCUCAUCAAGUAUUACCACGCUCAGUGCAAUUUUUUUCAGGAUGGGUUGAAAACAGUUGAUAAACUGAAGCAGUACAUCGAGAAACUGGCAGCCGACCUGUUCAAUAUCAAACAGAGUCAGGAUGAGGAGAAGAAGCAGCUGACGGCUCUCAGAGAUCUCAUCAAGAGCUCCUUACAGCUGGACCAGAGGGAGGACUCUCAGAGUAAACAGAGUGGGUACAGUAUGCACCAGCUGCAGGGAAACAAGGAGUUUGGCAGUGAGAAGAGAGGAUACCUGCUGAAGAAGAGUGACGGGCUGAGGAAGGUCUGGCAGAGGAGGAAAUGUUCAGUGAAGAGCGGCUUCCUCACCAUUGCUCAUGCUACAUCUAACAGACAGCCUGUCAGACUGAACCUGCUCACCUGUCAGGUGAAACCCAGCGCAGAGGACAAGAAGUGCUUCGACCUGAUCUCCCAUAAUCGGACGUACCACUUUCAGGCUGAAGACGAGGCAGAGUUUGUCAGUUGGGUGUCUGUGCUGACCAACAGUAAGGAGGAGGCCCUGAAUGUGGCGUUUCAGGGCGGAGGUCAGAGCUCAGUGUGGAGUGUGGAGGAGGAGGAGCUUAUCAAGAGCAUCAUUGACGAGGUGCUGCGGUCACCAGGCAACAACAUCUGCUGCGACUGUGGAGCUUCAGAUCCUCGCUGGAUCACCACUAACCUCGGCGUCCUGACCUGCAUCGAAUGUUCAGGGAUUCACAGAGAGAUGGGAGUCCAUGUGUCCAGAAUCCAGAGUCUGGAACUGGAUAAACUGGGAACGUCUGAGCUGCUGCUUGCCAGGAAUGUUGGGAACUGUAGUUUUAAUGACAUCAUGGAGGCCGGCCUAUCAUCUCUGUCCCUGAAGCCGACGGCGUCCAGCGACAUGAUGGUCAGGAAGGAGUUCAUCAACGCCAAAUACAUCGACCGCAAGUUCAUCAGGCGCACCGUCUCCAUGGUGACCAGCGGGCUGAACGAGGUGUACGAAGCGGUGCGAUCCAGAGACCUGCUGUCAAUCAUCCAGCUGUAUGCUGAGGGGGUGGAGCUUCUGCAGCCCUUACCUGAACCAGGGAAGGAAUCAGGAGAGACGGCGUUACAUCACUGUGUGCAGACAGCUGACCCCUCCUCCCUCCACCUGGUCGACUUCCUGGUUCAAAACAGUGGUAACCUGGACGGACAGACAGACGGAGGAAACACAGCUCUGCAUUACUGCUGUCUGUACAACAAGUCAGAGUGUGUGAAGCUGCUGUUGAGAGGAAAACCUGACAUCACCAUCACCAAUCAGAGUGGAGAGACAGCUCUGGACAUCGCCCAAAGACUGAAGAACUCUCAGUGUGAAGAACUGCUGGUGGAGGCGGUGUCCGGCAGGUUUAACCCUCACGUUCACGUUGAAUACGACUGGAACCUCCGACUGGAUGAACUGGACGAGAGCGACGACGAACUGGACAAUAAGCCCAGUCCAGUGAAGAAGGAGCGCUCCCUCCGUCCUCAGAGUUUCUGUCCAUCCUCCAGUCUGUCCUCGCAGGAGAAGCUCUCUCUGCCAGCUUCCUUUGUUCCUCCUCACAGGGACAAGCAGCGUCCCUCCUAUGGGGCGUUCGCCGACCCCGUCGACAGCACCUCCGCUGACACGUCUCCGUCCCCAGGGCCUGACAUCUCAGGGCCUUCACCUGCUGCCAGGAGCCAUGGCAGAGGCCCUGUCACCGUCCCGCCCACCUCCCUGCCCCUCACGUCCCACAUCAGUGGAGGAGGAGGAAGCUCCACCCUGAAGAAGAGACCCCCUCCCCCUCCACCUGGACACAAGCGCACCCUGUCUGACCCUCCCAGCCCAGUCCUGCAGGGAGUCGCAGGUAAAGGAAGUGAGCUGACCCCCCCACUGGGAAACAGGACAUCACCUGCAAACAAGUUUGAGAGAAUCCAGCAGCAGCAGAGUAACACCAAGUCCACAUUGGGACCCAGAGUUCUGCCCAAACUACCUCAGAAAGUGGCUUUGAGGAAGAUCGACACCAUCCACCUCCCCUCUGUGGACAAACCCAGCCAGCCUCCAGACCUCCUUCACAAACCCUCCUCCUCCUCCUCCUCCUCCUCCUCCUCCUCCUCUUCCUCCUCCUCCUCUUCCUCCUCCUCCCAGCCUGACCCCCAGAAGUCUCCUCCCUUCAUUGAAGCCUCCCCUAAACACCCCCUCACCCCGGUAGACUCCGCCCAGAGAGCCCCAUUAGCUGAGAAACCCCCAUCAUCCAACCUCCCCCCCAAACCUCACCUAUCUGACCUCCGCCCAAAGCCCCUCUUCAAAGACCUCCCACCCAAACCACGACUCAGCGAAAGGCCCUGCCCCUCCCCUGUUGCUAUGGAGAUGCAGGGAUCCAGGCUGGUGGUGGCAGCAGAGAGCCAGCAGGAGGAGGCAUCACCUUGGCCGGCAGCUGAACAUACUGAUGAGGCUGUGGAGACGCCCGUCCAUUUGCCACGUAAAAUCAACUCUGUGAAGACUAAAAUCCGGCGGGUGAAAACCAUCUAUGACUGUCAGGCUGACAACGACGAUGAGCUGACCUUUGCUGAGGGAGAAGUCAUCAUUGUCACUGGAGAGGAGGACCAGGAGUGGUGGAUCGGACACGUCGAGGGACAGCUGGACAGAAAAGGCGUCUUCCCCAUGUCCUUCGUUUACAUCCUCUCUGACUGACAACCACAGAGACAAGUGUGAGGCCACCGCCGCUGCCACAAGCCCCGCCCACACGCAGAAGUCACACAGGUGACAGUGGCCGGAGUCAGUUGGUCAGUGAUGCCGACAGGAACAAACUAACUGCACCUGGAUGUAAAUAGACUAUUAUUCUGCCUGACAGUCUUACCAUAGCAACAGUGUUACCAUAGCAACCCAGCAUGCAGACCCAAGCGGGCCAGUAGCAAAACAAUCUGCAGAGAAGGAAAAGGUCAGAGGUCACUGGGAGCAGGAUUCUGAUUGGACAGCAGCUCGUCACACCACCAGCCAAUCACAGAAGCACAACUGAAGGAAAGAGGCACAACGUCCAUCUGACGUCUGUCUCUGUCCUUUGUGUCCGUCCAGCUCGUCCUGGCUCCCAACUCGUCAAAAAACAGAGCUUUGUCAGUGGACGCCGGCGUCAGACAUGGACACAAAGAGACACCUCACCCUGAGAUGCGGUCAGUUUGUAAUGUUGCCAGCAGCAACCGUCACAUAAAGAGUGAGUCUGUAAUCAGAGGACAGGGACGGGG